GAAGUUGUUAUUUGGCGAAGGGGUCAGAGACAAAAAGCAGAGGCAGUGGCAGUGGCCGACGGAGACCUCCGCCGUCCUCCUCCGCCUGUUCUUCUCUCUUGUAUCUCCCUCCAAGUAAAAAGCUCUUCAAUUCGAACUCAAUACACCAUAAUCAUACACACCCACCCACCCACACCCAUUACUGCUCCCUUUCUUUCUCUAGAAUCUCAUACGUAUCAUCUACUUGAAACCCACAAUCAAAACCCUUCAAUAUUUACCCAAUCAAUCUCUCUCUUCUUCUUCUUCUAAUUCUGUCCGUAACUUUCGUUGUUUCAUUUACAAUUACAAGUUCAAUGGAUUGCUGGUCUCCUUCGUUAAAUGUUGAUCUAGAAUUUGCCAAGCUUGUCAAUCGUAUGCAUCCACCCAGGGUUACUGUUGAUAACAUCACAGACAGAAAUGUGACUUUGAUUAAGGUCGACAGUGCGAACAAGAGAGGGAGCUUGUUAGAAGUGGUUCAAGUUCUAACCGAUCUGAAUUUACUAAUUAAACGAGCUUACAUUUCUUCAGAUGGAGGAUGGUUCAUGGAUGUAUUUCAUGUCACUGAUCAAUAUGGAAAUAAGCUCUCAGAGGAUAAUGUCGCUGAUCGGAUUCAGCAGUCGCUUGGACCAAGAGGGUGCAGCUUCAGAAGCUUGAGGGGUUCGGUCGGGUUCCAAUCGGCUAAUGAACACACCACCAUUGAGUUAACCGGGCGUGACCGGCCCGGCUUGCUUUCUGAGGUCUUUGCGGUUCUUUCCGACCUCAAAUGCAAUGUUGUAGCUGCAGAAAUCUGGACACAUAAUUCAAGGAUGGCUUCAAUUGUUUACAUUGUCGAUGAACAGAGCGGAUCUCCGAUUGAAGAUGUCGACCGACUCGCUAAGAUCAAACAGCUGCUCGUUUUCAUUCUAAAAGGAGAUAGAGAUCGGCGAGGUGCCCAAACCACGGUUUCCGUGGGGUCUACUCAUACGCAAAGAAGGCUGCACCAGUUGAUGUAUGCAGAUCGGGAUUACGAUAAAGAACUAACGGGAGAAUAUGAUCGAGCUGAGAGCUCUUGUGGCGUAAAACGACUUGUGACGGUGGAAAACUGCUCUGAGAAAGGGUAUACCGUCGUCAAUUUGAGGUGUCCUGAUCGGCCUAAACUACUAUUUGAUACCGUUUGUACACUUACCGAUAUGCAAUAUGUUGUCUUUCAUGCCACCAUCGUUGUGGAAGGAUCCGAGGCUUCUCAGGAAUUCUACAUCCGGCAUACGGAUGGAUGCCCAAUUAGUUCGGAAGCCGAGAGGCAACGUGUGAUUGAUUGCCUGGAGGCAGCGAUCAAGAGACGGACUUCAGAGGGGUUAAGGCUAGAGCUAUGCGGUGAAGACAGGACAGGACUUUUAUCGGAUGUGACUCGAAUCUUUAGAGAGAACGGGCUUUCGGUGACGAGGGCAGAGGUGACAACAAGAGGAUCAAAGGUCGUAAACACGUUCUACGUGAUGGAUUCAUCUGGGGAUCACGUUAAAAGUGAAACAAUCGAAGCGAUUAGAACCGCGAUGGGUGAAAGCAUGAUUAACAUGAAGGAAGACGAUACAGUGAAGCCGAAUCCGAAGCCGAAUUUGCAGCAGACAGGGAGGUUUUCUUUAAGUCAUCUGUUUCGAUCGAGAUCAGAGAAGUUUCUGUAUAAUUUGGGAUUAAUCAGUUCUUAUUCUGAAGUAGCUUAAAACAAAAAGAAUGAUGGUAUAUAUAAUAUGGUAACAAAAUCUAAUAUGUUUAUUAAAGUAAUUAUCAUC